GAGCAAGCAGCACAUGUUUGUUUGUAACUUCUGUUUCUCAAACCUGAGCAGCGAGGUGAGGUAACAUUAACAACAGGAAAUGGGUGCGGCAGACGCGAGCAUAAAACUGCAAGCUCCGCCUGAAACGACGCCGGAGAACGUGGAAGCCUUGCUUGAGGCUGCAAGGUAUGAUGACAUGGAUGAUGUUGUCAGCUUAGCAUCCAAUGGUGUUCCUCUUGAUUCCAAGGAUCAUCAGGGGAGAACAGCUCUUCAUAUGGCUGCGGCUAAUGGACAUAUUGAUAUUGUGGAGUAUUUAAUCAGUAGAAGAGUGGAUCUUAAUUCAGCGAAUGAGGAAAAGAAUACACCUCUUCAUUGGGCUUGUCUCAAUGGGCAUAUUGAGGUUGUGAAGAAGUUAAUCAUGGCUGGAGCUAAUGUUGGUGUUUUAAACAGUCACGAUAGGACUCCAAUGGAUGAAGCUGUGACUAGGAGUAAACUUGAAGUGAUGGAUGCAAUUAAUGAGGCAGUGGCAAUAGUUGAACUUCGUGGCGCCCUGGUUUCUUCCCAGGAAACUUGAAGUUUAUGCUACUCUAAGUAGCUUGUUAUAUGAAAAAUUGAGGAAAGUUACACAUGCCUUCCUACAACUACAAUGUUUACUUUGUUAGUGUUAACAGGAUCAUGGUCAAACUCCUCACUGGAAAAUUGAAGUAAAGAAGUUCCAAUA